AUGUCUACCGCUGAGUUGCCCCAGAAGUAUGAGAACUUCGAUCUCGUGAAGCGCGUCAAGUUGGACUAUACGGACGUCACGGUCUCGAAGUGGCGCAGCAGGGUUACGGGCCUCAAUGUCGUGCAUCUGGAGUAUGAAGCCCCCAUCGUGAACGGUUAUUUUGUCAUCGGGACCGAAAUCUUCAACGACAGCGGAUGUCCGCAUACACUAGAGCACUUGGUCUUCAUGGGUUCCGAGAAGUACCCGUACAAAGGCAUCAUCGACCACCUCGCCAACCGCGGAUUCUCGAACGGCACCAAUGCGUGGACCGACACUGACCAUACGGCGUAUACCGUCUCUACCGCCGGUGAAGCUGGUUUCUUGCAGAUCUUGCCUAUCUAUGUCGACCAUAUACUCUAUCCGACUAUCACGAAGGCUGGUUUCGUCACAGAGGUUCACCAUAUCGACCCUCAAGGCGAAGACUCUGGUGUGGUGUAUAGCGAGAUGCAAGGUCGGGAGAACACUUCGGGAGAUCUGAUGGCCUUGGAAAUGCAACGGCUCGUCAACCCUCCGGGGAGCGCAUACCGCAGCGAGACUGGAGGUCUUAUGGAAGCUCUCCGCAAGCUCACCGUCGAACAAAUCAGAGAAUACCACGGCACCUACUACGUCCCCCACAACCUCUCCCUCAUCGUCUCCGGCAAACUUCGCAGCGGAACGACCUCCCUCCUCAAAGUCAUCCAAGAAAAGGUCGAACCGAGUCUCGUCGCUCACGGACAGAACAAGGGUCCUCGACCCGAGGGCUGGAAACGGCCGUUCGUGGAGACGCUGAGUGCGAAUAGAGGCCCGAUUAAGGAGACGGUGAAGAAGACGGUUGAGUUUCCGGAGAAGGAUGAGAGUGUGGGGGAGGUUAUGAUUUCGUAUAUGGGACCGAGCCCGAACGAGUUUUUGCAGUCGAAGGCCAUCUCCCUGAUGGGCAACUACCUCACUUCAUCGGCCACCGCUCCACUGAACAAAGAAUACGUCGAGACAGAAUCACCUCUCUGCACCUACAUUGCGUUCUACGAAGAAGACAGGGCCACCUUCCAGGAUCUGCAGAUCUACGUCGGCUCGGUGCCCACGGAGCACCUCGACACGUUCGACGAGAAGCUGAAAGCGAGUUUUGAAAGGAUCGUGAAGGAGGGGAUUGAUCUUGAACGUAUGGCGAUGAUUAUUAACCGGGAUCAGCGACAGCUCCGUAGCAGACUCGAAUCCGACGGCGGCGACACUUUCUCAAACGUCCUCAUCUCCGACUUCAUCUACGGCAAAGAAGACGGCUCCGAGAUCGCGCCCGCGCUCGACGAGAUGCGGGAAUAUGAAGAGUUGAAGGGGUGGACGAGCAAACAAUGGACGGACCUCAUCCAACGGUACUUCAUCGACCCCGAAUGCAUCGUCGUCCGCGGCAAGCCCUCCGCCUCCAUGGCCUCCGUCCUCGAAGCCACCGAAAAAGCCCGCAUCACAGCUCAAAAAGAGCGUCUCGGGCCCUCCGGACUCGCACUCGCGAAAAAAGAGCUAGACGAGGCCCAGGCGGAACACGAUACCCCGAUCCCGAAGGAGAUCCUCACGGCGUUUCCGGUGCCGGAUGUGGGGAGCAUAUCGUGGAUUCCGGUGCAGAGCGUGCAGGAGGCGGGGAGGGGGAGGGGUAGUGGGGGGAAGCUGAGUGGGAGUGAGAGUGAGAGGGAAGAGGGGAGGGAGGUGAAGAGGCAUGUGGAGGGGGAUGGAGAGGGGUUGCCGUUUUUCGUGCAGUAUGAUCAUGUUAAGUCGGACUUUGUCAGCGUCCACGCUUUCCUCUCACUGAAAGACCUCCCCAACCACCUCCGCCUUUACCUAACCCUCUACAUCCAAUCCUUCUUCUCGCUCCCCGUCAAACGCCUCUCAGGCGACCGUCUCACGCACGAACAAGUCGUCGACAAGCUCGACAACGAGACGGUCUCGUACGACGCCGACCUCGGCGUCUCGGGCAUGUUCCCGCAGACGUUGAGGAUCAGUAUGCGUGUGGAGGUGGAUAAGUAUGAGAUUGCGGUUGCGUGGUUGAGGGAUUUGAUUUAUGGGAGUGAGUUUGAUAGGGAACGGUUACAGAUCAAUGUGGCGCAGGUUCAGCAGGCGCUCCCUGGGAUGAAGAGGAACGGGAGUACAGUCCUUGCGUCCAUCACCUCGGAGCUGUUCUACUCUGAAGAGAGCAAUUCCAGAGCCGGCGGUGUCAUCGCGCAGACGGAAUUCGUGCCUAAGCUCGCGAAGAUGUUGCAGGAGACCCCGGAUGAGGUUGUCAAAGCCCUAGAAGAGUUGCGGAGCUACAUGACGAAGCCUUCGGGGAUUCGAUUCUCGGUCACAGGUAACGUUUUGGACGUGCCUAACCCGCGCAGCGUAUGGGCUAAGUACUUCGGGCCUGUUCUGCCGGCGGAGCUCGCGCCUCUUUCGCUUUCAUACGAUACGCUGAGCAAGCUCGGGAAGAAGCCAACAAAGAAGGCCGUCGUCGUCUCCCUCCCAACGAUCGAGAGCUCAUACGUCGCCCAUGCCGCGAAGGGUAUCCGAGGCUUCGAUCAUCCCGACUGGCCGGCUUUGAGGAUCACGCUCGAAGUACUGAGCGCGACGGAGAGUUUCCUCUGGCGAUACAUUCGUGGUUCUGGACUGGCGUAUGGCGCGUACGUAGGAGCGGAUACUGAAAGCGGCUUUAUAACGUUCUCGCUCUAUCGGAGUUCGAAUAGCAUCAAGGCGUUCGAGCAAGGUGCGCUUGUAGUCAAAGGCUUGGUCGACGGGUCUAUAGAGCUCGAUGAGACGGCUCUGGAUGCGGCGAAGAGCAGUAUUGUGUACGGUGUCACGAAGAGCGUAUCGACGCCUGGUCGGGCGGCCCUCAUGUCCUUCACGAACCAAGCCCUCAAAGGCGUCUCCCAGCGCUACAACGUCGACCUUCUCGAGAAAUACCAAGCCGUAACGAAACAGGACGUGCUCGACACGCUCAAACGGUACUGCCUCCCUUUGUUCGACCCCAAGACGUCCGUCGUGAUCUCGGUGACGGCGCCGGGCAAGGCGGACGAGGUGAGUAAGGGGCUGAAGGACGCUGGGUUUGAGGUGGAGAGGAGGACGUUGGAGGUGGAUCCGGAUGAGGGGGGCGAGGAUGAGGAUAGCGAUGAGAGUGGGAGUAGUGGGAGUGGGAGUGAGAGUGAGAGCGACGGGAGGUGA